CCCCGCUUUCUCCCAUCGAAUCUACUCAUAAAUCUGCCCUCACUUGUCCACUUAUCUCCCGUAAAGAAAUCCCAACGAUGUCUGCUGUGUCCUCGCCGUUAAACGCGGCACACCAACAUGCUGCUAACGCGGACGAUUAUCUGAGCCAAGGCCUGUUCAUUCCCGCCUCUGAGGAGCACAAGAAGGCCGCGGACGCGUUUCAGGCCUGUGUCGAGGCGUCCAAUGACGAGAAUGCGAAGCGAACACUGCGGAUGCUAUAUAACGAACACAUAAAGGAAGCGAAAGAGCUGCAGAGGAAAGUCGACAAGCUGAAAGAGGACGGAAUUGAUCCUUCGCUACCCCAGAAAUUAUCCUCCCCUACACGCCCUUCCCCCACGCCUUCAAACAUUUCGCGAGGUCCCUCACCAACUCCAACAUCGAACCUCCGGGGUCCUUCAAUGAUAGACUCGCAGCAAACAGUUGACGAAUCAUUCAUGGUUUUGGGACAGCAGUCUGCGGACGCUGGUGACGCGUUCAACAAGUUCUGGAAAGCAAUGGAGACACUAGACCAUCUAUCACAACCAGUCGCCUUCGCCACAGCUUCUCUUGGCUUCCACGAGGUUUCGCGAAGAACCCUCAAGAGAGAAGGCAGUAAUAGCAGUGACACGGAUGUGGAGGAUACUAUACGGUCGAGAAAAGGAUUCGCCAGAGGACAGUCGAGAGCUCUUUCGCCAGACAACUCGUUCGCAACCGCAUAUGAUGGAGACGCUGGCGGUGCACGGAGUACCAUGGCGAAAUCCAGCAGGAUAAGCCAAUCUAUCGUAGAUUUGAGGAAUGAUUUUGAUGAGAUCGUGGAUGAAGACUACGACUCGUCCGACUCCUUCUGCAUGAUCCCCUCAAAAUCCGAACCUUCCACGUCCACACUCAAAAAAGAGGUCUCGUCACUCAAGUCCGAGCUUGAAGCUGUCCGGAAACAACUCGAAACCGCAGAACGUACGAUCAGAAUCCGUAAGGAACAGGACCAUCAGCUUCGGGAUAACAUUGUUGUGGCCCGCACACAGGCACAACGCGCAAUGGGUGCGUCUGCCGUAAUCCAGCGUCCAGGACAGUCCGCAUUCGACCUCAACGCCCUCAAUAUGGCCUUACCUCCAAUGCCCUCUGCUAUCCUCCCUGUCCCUACUGUUCCCAAUCGCGAUAAAGAGGCACAACUGUCACGUCGCGUCAAAGAACUAGAAGAGGAAGUCCGAGCUGUACGCAUAGAGAACGAGAAACAGAAAGCAAUGAUCAACAAAUUCCGAGAGAAGUGGGAUAAGUUGAAAGAGUCCGCGAAACGCAAACGGGAAGCCAGGGCAGCGUCCGGCGCCCAUAAUUCGACGGUACACGAGCGAAUUGACGAGGAACCCGAGGCAGAGGCAGAGCAGGAUGAGGCGCAAGCACAAGCUUAAUACGCCUGCUUUUGCUGUGCUCGAACGUUUGCGCGUUCCCCUCUUAUAGCGCUAUCUAGUUGUGACGGUGGAUUCUUUUUACUGACAGGAUAGAUUCGCGGACUGUACGGAGUUCGGUAUCGGAAGGUGCGCGGUUGUGCGGUUGAGAUAUGUAGACACGGCAUAGCUUGCGUCAUCGUGGGCAUGCCAUAAAAUGUCUUUUUGUCGUCGAGCGGCUGUAACUCGCGCCUCCAUGAAGGCUACGGUGCUGAGGGGUGAUAUGAACGGAUUCUCUGUGGUAACACGACUCGGAUGUAUCAAUAGUGUCUUAUUCCACUUACUAUACCUGCUCCUCCUAUUCUUGGUUCUUUCCUUGACCAUUGUACAUGCUUCAUCAGUCCUCCACAUUAUGCUUUUUUUGUACCCCUCUACUUUUUGGAAUCAGUAGGUGUGUCUCGUCUUUG